GUUAAUGGUACACAUUUCAAUGCGGUUCCUAUUCGCUCUAGUCCUAGGCGUGCUCCUGUGCCUGCUCCUGGCUCAGGAGGGCAGUAGUACCACAACUACAACCACAACAACAGACGCGACCACAACCACAACUACCACGGCUUCAUCCGCCACCACCACCACCACCACUGACUCCUCCAGCACCACCACGACCACUGCCUCCUCUUCCUCGGCGGAGGCCAAGAGGCGCAGACGUGCUCGUCGCCGUCGCCUAGCUCGUGAGCGCCGUCGUCGCCAGGAGCGGAGGCAGCGCCAGGAAAAGAGGAGGCGCAGGAUGGAGCAGCUGCUUGCCAGGCAGCGCCGCCUGAUCAAUCAGCUUCAGGGAUAGAUCAGGCCGACACCAAAAGUUUUUAGCAAAAGAAAAAUUAAAUUGUUGAAACUCUUUUUUACUUUUAGAACUUUGAUUACACAUACUAAUUUUCAAAUGUUUGCAGUUACAUACAUAUGUAUAUAAAAUAUAAUAUAUUAUUAAAGAAUUCAAAUUUUGUUGCUAUAAA